CGUGUGUGUGUGUGUGUGUGACGUCACCACCCGCUCCAGAAUCUAUAGAGCUCCAUUUAAGGUGAUUUUCACUUGAACUCGCUGAGACUCGGAGCUCCAGAGGAAGAGGAAGACUUCAGUGAUCUUCAUCUCGUGUAAAAAUGAACGUGGAUCAUGAGGUCACACUGCUCGUGAAUGAGAUUCACAGAUUGGGCAGUAAAAAUGCAGACGGUAAAAUCAGUGUGAAAUUUGGUGUCCUGUUCAGUGAUGACCAGUGCGCUAACCUGUUCGAGGCCCUGGUCGGGACACUGAAAGCCGCCAAGCGGAAGAAGGUCAUCACGUUCCAGGGCGAGCUCUUACUGCAAGGAGUUCACGACAAUGUUGAUGUGAUACUGCUGCAGGAGUGACCUGAGCUUCAGUCAGAUAAAAAAUCUCCCUCUCUGAGAGCCUGGUCUUAUAGUCCUACAGCGAGCUGGAAACACUGACCCGUGUGUCUUUAUAUACUUUUAUAAACCUGCUUUCUUUUCUCACAUCCUCCAGAAGUGAUUCUGUUGAGUUUGAUUGAAAAUUCGUGAAUAUUUUUGCAGAAAUAAUUCUAAUCUGCAUUAUUUUGAAAAAUUUGCGUGUCCAUUCCUGCGAUCACAAAAACUCCUGGAGGAUCUGCUUUGCUGAGGUGAAUGAGAAUGUUUUAACUGAAAGGUGUUGUUUUUAAAUGACCAAAGCUAGCACCGUAUGUCCAACUGGUCUUCUCUCAGAAUAAGAUAAAUCUCCUGGAAAACUUGACCUCAGCAUUAAUUCUUCCCUGAGGCUGUUGUGUAACGAUUUGUGUUAAAGGAACUAGCCGAGCGCUUCCCUGGGCAGAGUUCUUACUGUGAAUCAGGGUCAGUUGUGCCAAAUGGUCAGUAGAUUAUUUAUGACUUUAUUAUGUGAUCAAGACGUUUAUGUCAAAGGUCAAAUGCGAGAGGUGUUUUCCACAUAGAAAAUUGAAACUUGACAUUUUGGGAAAUAGUUUAUAACAUGAUUAUAGCACAUGUUUUUGUACGCAUUACUGUACUGAUGAAAUCACGAGUAUCUCAGGCUUAAACUAUUCUCUUCUGGUUUAAUUCAGAAUAAACUCUUCCACUUGGUCAUGCA